AUGAACACAACCUUCAAUAGCGCCCUCAAACAAUCCACGUCCCUCCGAAAAGAUCUCUCCUCCCUCUCUUCCCCCGACGCCGACAUUACCCCCGCCAUCCUCGGCUCCGUCAGCGCCAGCCUCGCGGCCCUCUCCCGAACGAUAGACGAGUACAAUACACUCGCCAAGCAGGAGCUCAACAAGGCCAAGCAAGAGAAGGCCUUUGAACGCAUCAAGGACUUCAAGCAGGAAAUCUCGUCGUACCGUGCCCUGCUCGACCGACUUAAUAAGGACAGAGAAGAGCGGGAGUAUGUGAACCACAGGGGGGAGCUGCUGGGGAGGAGGCCCUUUGCCGCGCAAACCCCCGAGAACCCAUAUACUGGCGCUACAGUGUCAGGUGUGCAGACUACUCCGGGGUAUGGGCAUGCGAGGACGAACAGCACGGUCGAGUCUAGCGGUGGGAUGGGGAUAGGGAGCGGUGAUGUUAUGCGGGAGUCGCAUGCGCUGAGGGAGCAGGCGUUUUUCCAGCACACGAACUCGGCGUUAGAUGAUUACAUUGCUAGGGGCCAGGCUGUGUUGGGCGAUCUUGGGCAGCAGAGGGAGAUACUCAAAAACACGCAGCGGAAGCUGUAUAGUGUUGGAAAUACGCUCGGGAUAUCGGGGGAUACCAUUAGGAUGGUAGAACGGAGGGCGAAGCAGGAUAAGUGGAUUUUCUGGGGAGGUGUCAUGGGCUUUUUUUUGUUUUGCUGGUUAGUGUUGCAUUACCUGCGGUAG